AUUCGGUGGAAUCAGCGCUAGAUCAGUUGACCGCUCGCGCUCUUCUCUCCGCGGCCUCCUCCUACCUAGCGAGCGCACAAAACCUCCACUAAUGGAGUCCAUUUAUCUCCACUCUCUAAACCCUAACCCUAACCCUAAUCCCCUCUCCCGCUCCACCUCCGGUCCAUGGCGAUCCCGCUUCGCUCCCAAUCUCCGAUCCUCCAAUCGUCUUCUCAGGAUCCGACGGCCCAGAUCCCUCGCCCCGCCCCUCGCGCUGCAGCGGCGUUCCUCCGACCACGACGUCGUCGUCGUCGGCGCCGGGAUCGUCGGGCUCGCCAUCGCCCGCCACCUCCUCCUCCACUGCGGCCUCUCCGUCGCCGUCGCCGACGCCGGCGUCCCGUGCUCCGGCGCCACCGGAGCUGGGCAGGGGUACGUAUGGAUGGCGCACAAGACGCUGGGGAGCGACGCGUGGCAGCUGGCGGUGAGGAGCAAGCAGCUGUGGGAGGAGAUGGCGGACGGCGUGGCGCGGGAGGGGUUGGAUCCUCAACACAUCUUGGGUUGGAAGAAAACAGGAAGCUUAUUGAUCGGUAGGAGUGCAGAAGAGCUAACUACAUUGGAAGAAAGGGUGAAAGUUUUUACUGAAGCAGGGUUGAGAGCCGAAUACUUGUCUAGCUCUUCAUUGAGUUCAAUGGAACCAGCACUUGAAGUUGGAAAAGAAGGUGGGGCUGCAUUUCUACCAGAUGAUUGCCAGUUGGAUGCACAUCAGACUGUUUCUUUCAUCGAAAAGCGUAAUAAGUCUUUUGCUCCGGAAGGCAGAUAUGCAGAGUUCUAUAAUGAUCCUGCCAUUGGCUUAUUAAGAUCUGAUAGAAGCGGAGCAAUCGAAGCUGUUCAAACUUCCGAGAAAAUCUUGUAUGGUAAAAAGGCUAUUGUAAUUGCUGCUGGUGCAUGGAGUGGAUCCUUGAUGAGAAGCUUUGACGUUAAUGCACCAGAUGUUCCUGUAAAGCCUCGAAAGGGCCAUCUUCUUGUGUUGGAGAACUUCAAUGAGAUUAAACUAAACCAUGGCCUGAUGGAGGCAGGAUAUAUAGAUCAUCAGGUCGGCACUUCGUCUGAUUCAGCUACAGCAGAUAGUGAGCAAACUUUGCUCUCCAUAUCAAUGACAGCCACCAUAGAUGCGAAAGGCAAUCUUGUUCUAGGCAGCAGCCGCCAGUUCAGUGGAUUUUGUAGAGAAGUAGACGAGUCUAUCAUCAAGCGCAUAUGGGACCGAGCAGGGGAGUUCUUUCCCACACUAAGGACUAUAUCUCUUGAUUCAUUGCGGAAGAGACAGAUAAGAAUAGGACACCGACCUUAUAUGCCCGAUGGGAAGCCGGUGAUUGGCCCUGUUCCCGGUUUGCCGAACAUUUUACUUGCAACAGGACACGAAGGAAGCGGACUUAGCUUGAUAUCUCAGGCAUUGGGCACUGCUGAAAUGGUUGCUGAUAUGAUCUUAGGGAACUCCCCUGUGGUGGACUGCACUCCGUUCUCCAUACGCGAGUAAUGAAAGCUUGAACUGGAUAUGUAAUUAUUUUGAAACUGUGUUACCUAAUGGGUCGAUUGAUUGUAAAAUUUACGUAAGAGUAUAAAAAUCGGUCUCAAACUAGAGGAAGACAAAAAGAUUGGACCAAUACAUACAAAACUGUUUGGUUGCAUGGCAGCAGCAUUUAUUUAUAGGGGCAAACGGAUUCGGGUUGGCAGAGCUCUUAUUCCAACCCCGAUGCGCUCGGAGUGCGGCGGUAAAUGGGACUGAUAAAUACAUUCUCGGAGCAGCCGUAAUUGGGACCGAAAAAAUAGACUCGGGGCAGUAAAUGGGAGUAGUUUUUAAAUCCGAAACAGAUUCAUCUGGAAUCCGCUCUGAAUAUAUAUUUUAAAUUAAAAUUUAGUCUAAUGUUUUUUAAAAAA